AUGGGUAAAGCAGAAGCAGGAACACCUAAAGAUAUAUCGAAUAGAAUGAAAUUAAAAGGUCUUUAGAAAUUAAAAUUUUAUUGUUAAAUGUGCAAAAAGCAGUGUAGGGAUUAAAAUGGUUUUAAUUGCCAUUUAAAAAGCGAAACACAUUUAUAUAAUAUGAGAUAAUUUGCUGAAAAUCCUAGUGAAUUUUUGUCUACUUAUAGUAAAGAAUUUGAAAACAACUUCAUGGAUUUGCUAAAAAAAAGAUUUAAUUAGAAAAGAGUUUUAGCUAAUACAGUUUACAAGGAGUACAUUGGUGACAAAACGCAUGUUCAUAUGAAUAGUACUAAAUGGACAACUUUGUCUGGAUUUGUGAUGUAUCUCCAUGAGACUGGAAAAGUAACAGCAGAUCAAACCGAUAGAGGUUUAUUUAUCACAUAUGUAGAUAAGGGAUUAGAAGCUAUUAAAUAAUAAAGAGAAGAAGAAAAAAGAGCGAGAUUAGAAAAAAAAACUGAAAAAAUGUAACAAAUGGAAUUAGAGCGUCAAUUGCAAAAUGUCAAAAAGCUUGAAGAAACAAUGAAUAAGAAUAUUGAAGCAAAAAAUGAGUAAAUGGAUGAAUUAGAUUUAGAAGGUGGAUAAUUUGAGUUUGGAAUAUCUUUUAAUCUAAAAAAAGAUGAACAAGAAGAUGAAGAUGAACAAGAAGAAGAAAAUAAAGAUGAAGAGUUGAUCUCAUUUUCAGUGCAAUAACAAAAUAAUUAAUAAAAUCAAGAAAAUGAGUAAGCAGCAGUGCCUACUGAAAACAAAAUAGAAAAUAAUACACAAAUUAAUUAAUAAGAUGGAGAUUAAAUAUAAUAAGAAGGGGAAGAUGCUUUUGAUGAAAUUCCUUGGUUAUAGGAAGGCAUUACUGUUAAAAUUAAAGAUAAAGAACUUGAAAAUGGUUCGUAUUAUAAUGAAAAAGCUAUUGUUAAAGAAGUAAACUCAGAAGAUCCAUUUUAGGGAAAAAUAUAAUUAAUCAAAAAACCUGAAGUAGUAAUUUAAAUGGAUUAAUAAUUCCUUGAAACAGUAAUUCCUAAAUUAGAAGGAGAAGUAAUGAUUCUAAAGCCAGGUUAGUAUUGCAAAAAAAUAGGAUUAUUAAAGAGUGUAAUAAAAGAAAAAUUUGAAGGUGUAAUUUAAUUAAAAGAAGAUCCUUCUAUUUAGUUAAAUAUUCCAUAUGAAUUAUUUAGUAAAAUUUGA